AUGCCCGCCCGGAGGGGUGAGACGGACGGUGACACGUCGCCGAGGCCACCGUUCGCUGCUCCACAUGAUGCUGGCGCACAGAAGCAGGAGAAGGAUCAGGCAUUGGUGGAAGCGGGCGCACAGGGGUACGACGAUGUGGGCAUAGAGAGCUCAGCCGAGAGUUCGGCGGCGAGCGCCCCCGACGACUUUCCCGACGAAGAGCAUCCUGAAGGCCCCGCCAUCGCGGAACUCCGUCUGGCGGGCGAAGAGCCGCGAGCGGUCUUGGAGAAGGAGCCACAGGAGCCCAAUGCUCCGGAGCUGCGGCCACGGCCAGUGUCAUCGCCGUCACAGUCCUCACUUCCCGACGUGUCCCCCAUGCCUUCUGCAGAGAUCCGCAAUGCGGGCACGGUGAUUCAG